CAAGCAGCUUAUGAAGACCUAUCCCAUUCUCCAGUUUGAGUGUGUAUUUCACUGCACUAUACUUGUUAAAGCCAAUGUCUUGUGAAAUGUAUCGUUUAUGGCAGUGAUAAAAAAUGAGGUUUCUCAUCACCUGCAUGCUUUUAUGAUUGACAUACAUCAGGCAAAAAGCGUAGUUGUCGACUUUUCUCAUGCAUCAUUCAACAGGAGACGAAAUGACUGCAAGCGGGUGCAAGAACUAGAUGUAGCCUACUAUAAAACAUGAACACUCCCACCCCUCAAAAUAGUGCAUGCCUUAAUCAAUACUGGACAAUGGUGAAAUAAUGCACUGCAGCAGUAACUGAAACCGCUUGUGUCAGCAAUGGACGGGAUGUCCAGGCACGCGCUGCGUCUCGUCUCAGCUGCUGAGCUCGAGGCACCAGUUGCUCAGUCGCUGCUGUGAUACUGGAUCUAGACCCGUGUGCCUCGUUCCUGAGUGAUGACAACAAUUACUAUACUCGAGCGACCUGAAACAAUCGCGGCGGAGGGAUAAACGAGGACGGACGCGUUUGCAUUUCCACGCCGCGUCGGUUCGUGCGCUCUGCUGAAUGACUAUGGUGGAGCUGGAGAAGGAGGUUCUGCCGCUGCCGCCUCGGUACCGGUUCCGAGACCUGUUGCUCGGGGACUGGCAGAGCGACGACAGAGUGCAAGUAGAGUUCUAUGUGAAUGAAAACACUUUCAAGGAACGUCUGAAGCUGUUCUUCAUCAAAAACCAAAGAUCCAGUUUGAGAGUGCGACUCUUCAACUUCUUCCUGAAGGUUCUGAGCUGCCUGCUCUACAUCCUUCGAGUCCUGCUAGACGACCCGCGGGAGGAGAGAGACUGUCCUGGCUGUCUCAGACAGAAUGCCUCUACCCACAACAGAAGCCAUUUUGACUGGUCCCUCAUUAUUUGGGUGAACAGGCCUCUGCCACUCUGGGCUCUUCAGGUGCUUGUUGCAUUCAUCAGUUUUUCAGAGACCAUGUUGCUGGUGUACCUCAGCUAUAAGGGGAAUGUUUGGGAGCAAGUGUUGCGCAUUCCAUUCGUUCUGGAGAUGAUCAGCGCCGUUCCUUUCGUGAUCACUGUGAUUUUGCCUUCCCUCAGAAACUUGUUCAUUCCUGUUUUCCUGAACUGCUGGCUGGCCAAACACGCUCUCGAGAACAUGAUUAACGACCUGCACAGAGCGAUUCAGCGAACACACUCGGCCAUGUUCAACCAGGUGCUCAUCCUCAUCAGCACCCUGCUCUGCCUCAUCUUUACCUGUAUUUGUGGUAUUCAGCACUUGGAACGAGCAGGGAACAACCUGACGCUCUUUGACUCUCUGUAUUUCUGUGUUGUCACGUUCUCUACGGUGGGAUUUGGGGAUGUUACACCUCAGAUCUGGCCCUCUCAGCUGCUGGUGGUCAUCAUGAUCUGUGUGGCUCUUAUAGUUCUACCAAUACAGUUUGAGCAGUUGGCUUUCUUGUGGAUGGAGCGACAGAAGUCUGGGGGGAACUACAGUCGCUAUCGUGCCCAGACCGAGAAGCACGUGGUAUUGUGUGUCAGCUGUCUCAAGAUAGACCUACUCAUGGACUUUCUCAACGAGUUUUUCGCUCACCCCAGACUGCAGGACUACUAUGUGGUAAUCUUAUGUCCCGCUGAGAUGGAUGUCCAGGUGCGAAGGAUACUGCAUAUCCCGCUAUGGGCUCAGAGGGUCAUCUACCUGCAGGGAUCUGCCCUCAAAGACCAGGACCUAAUGAGGGCCAAGAUGGAUGAUGCCGAGGCCUGUUUUAUCCUAAGCAACCGAUUUGAAGUGGACCGCUUUGCCGCUGACCAUCAGACCAUUCUUAGGGCCUGGGCCGUGAAGGACUUUGCCCCAAACUGCCCUCUCUACGUGCAGAUCCUCAAACCCGAGAAUAAGUUUCACAUCAAGUUCGCAGACCAUGUGGUUUGUGAGGAAGAGUUUAAGUAUGCCAUGUUGGCCCUCAACUGUGUGUGUCCUGCCACCUCCACCCUGAUCACCUUAUUGAUUCACUCCUCUAGAGGACAAACAGUAUCUUCAGAGGCCUUCAAGCAGCGAGCAGGCGCCUUCCAGCCCCUCAACAGGGAAGGCGGUGCUGGCUCUGUCGACCAAUGGCAGCGCAUGUACCGGCGGUGUGCAGCCAAUGAGGUCCACCACAUCCGGCUGGAAGAGAGCAAGUUUUUUGGAGAAUAUCAGGGAAAGAGUUUCACUUUUGCCUCCUUUCAUGCACAUAAGAAAUACGGCGUGUGUCUGAUCGGGGUGCGCAGGAUGGACACGGCCAACAUCCUCCUAAACCCCGGACCCUGCCACAUCAUGGGAGCUUCCGACACCUGUUUCUACAUCAACAUCUCCAAGGAGGAGAACUCGGCCUUUGUCAGGGGCCACAGAGAGCCAGUCAGGGGCCCGGGGGGCGACUCCAGAGGGGUCUCGCAGACAAUCUAUCAUGGCCUCACUCGACUACCAGUGCACAGUAUUAUAGCCAGCAUGGGCACGGUAGCCAUAGAUCUGCAGGACUCCAGUGACAGCAGUCCAGAAGGCUCGGGCCCGCCGGCUCUGGGCAGUGGGACCGUGAGCAGGACAGGCUCCAGGACGGAAGUGGGCGGCUGUAACACUCUAGCGCCGCCCGCCAUGAGUGGCUCAGGGGAGGAGAGGAGACACAGCAUCGCCCCCGUCCUGGAGGUGGUAGACGGGGUGCACAGCGCUACAUUUGACCUGCUAGGGGACCAAUCGGAGGACGAGGGAGGAGAGGAAGGGAAAGAGGAAGAGGGAGAGGAGCAGAAAGGCCAGUGGUGGGGAGCACACUGCGAAUGGGUCAAAGGCUACCCUCUUAAUUCUCCAUACAUCGGCAGCUCUCCUGCCCUCUGCCACCUCCUGCAGGAGAAAAUGCCAUUUUGCUGUCUGCGCCUGGAUAAGGCUUGUCACCAUAUGCCCUACGAGGACGCCCGCUCAUACGGCUUUAAAAACAAACUGAUUAUCGUGUCCGCAGAAAGCGCUGGAAACGGCCUCUAUAACUUCAUUGUGCCGCUGCGGGCGUAUUACCGGCCCAGGAAAGAGCUCAGCCCCAUCGUUUUGCUACUGGAGAAUGUACCUGAGCCAGACUUCCUGGAGGCCAUCUGCUGGUUUCCUAUGGUUUUCUACACAGUUGGCUCCAUCGACAAUUUGGAUAGUCUUCUGCGUUGUGGCGUGACGUUUGCUGACACCAUGGUUGUGGUGGACAAAGAGAGCUCCAUGAUCGCUGAGGAGGAUUACAUGGCUGAUGCCAAGACCAUUGUUAAUGUUCAGACGCUCUUCAGGCUUUUUCCAGCUCUCAGUAUCAUUACUGAACUCACCCACCCGGCCAACAUGCGCUUCAUGCAGUUCAAAGUGAAAGACCACUAUUCUCUAGCUCUCUCCAAACUGGAGAAGAAAGAGAGAGAGAGAGGCUCUAACCUGGUGUUCAUGUUCAGAUUACCGUUUGCAGCUGGGAAGGUGUUUAGUGUCAGUAUGUUAGACACUCUGCUGUAUCAGUCCUUUGUGAAGGACUACAUGAUCUCCAUCACCAGACUGCUGCUAGGUCUCGACUCCAUGCCUGGAUCUGGCUUCCUGUGUGCUAUGAAGAUCACAGAGGAGGAUUUGUGGAUUCGCACUUAUGGCCGUCUUUACCAGAAGCUGUGCUCGUCGACAGGAGACAUUCCCAUCGGCAUCUACCGCACUGAAGCGCAUAAACUGCCCGUCUCAGAGUCUCAGGUGUCCAUCACGGUGGAGGACUACGAGGAUACGCGUGAACCGCGCGAGCCUCUGCUCUGCCGCUCCGGUCUUCACCGUAACUCCACCUCGUCCGAGCCUCCCUCCUCCUCAUCAUCACAGGCCGUGGACCACCCGCUCCUGAGGAGGAAGAGCAUGCAGUGGGCGCGGCGGUUGAGUCGUAAAGGUGGACGGGGGUCCAGCGGGGCCAAGGGAGUGGGGAGCGCCGCCGAGCGCAUCAGCCAGCAGAGACUCAGUCUGUUCCGCCGCUCCGAGAGACAGGAGCUCAACGCUUUGGUCCGCACACGCAUGAAGCACCUGGGGCUCUCCCCAUCUGGAUUUAAUGGGAUGACAGACCAGGGCAACAGACUGUCUUAUAUUCUUAUCAACCCUUCACCUGACACACGCCUGGAGCUCCAUGAUGUCGUGUAUCUGAUCAGACCAGACCUUCUGUCACCAGUGCCUAACCAGGCCGGCGGGCGCAAGCCCAGCGCAGGGCCGGCGGAGGGACACAGAUUUGACACACAGGACAGCACUCAUCUAUAAACACAAGCACCACAGGCCACCAGCAGAACGAGAAGAUGGGGACAUUCUUAUACAGUACAUAUGUGUUUGUGUACGGUUGAGAGAGAGAGAUGAAUACCUGUGCUGAGUGGACGGUGAGCUAACAUACACUGUAAAAAGUGAUCUAGUUUUCAGUUGCCUUCAAUCAACUUUCAUGUUAAAUAGUCAAUUAAACACAAUUUUUUAAGCUUUCAUUGAAUCAGCUAAUGGAUUCUUUUCAAGAGCCAAAAUAAGAAUGACAAUUAAAUAUAUUUGUUUCAUUUUGGAAUGCAAUUUUGGAAUUUGAAGCUCGUUUCACAUAGUCUAAAAAAUGACUUAUUUUCCAUUAAAAUAUUCCAUUAAUAUAUGGUAACUGUAAUUGUCACAAUCAUAAUGGUCCUAAAAGUAGGCUUCAUUUUUUAUAAUUUUUCUCUUAAGAACAUGGUUAAAAUAAAUAAAAACAAUAUUGCCAUGCCUGCUUAUUAUAAGCACUUUUGGAUUUUUUUUUUUUUUUUUCAGUAAAUGUUUCAGGCUCAUGCUUUGCCCCAGUAGUACAAUAAAGUGACUUCUAAUAUAACUUGUACAAUCCUCACCAAACUACGUUAACUUAAGUUUAAGUAUGAUUCUGUAAAUAACAGGAGGUAGAAUGUUAAACUUUAAGGUUUAUCUAAUGUAUCUUAAAUGAUCCUUUCACAUGUAAAAGAUAAAAGCUCUCAGUGUAUAAAACAAAAGAGUCUGUACAAACCAAGAGUGAUUUUUCAAGAUGAAAACGCCAUCUUUUAGGCACGGGUCAUCCAUAAUUCUAAUUCUUUUAACAGAUUCUACACCACAAUUUGUGUUUUUGUAGGUCAAGGAAUGCUCAUAGCUUUGAUUCCCAGGGAAAAACACACAUAGUGAUAAUAAUUUACUUUAGAUACACAGUAAGAUUAAAAUAUAUGAUUGAAUUUCCAGACAAAGCAACUGGGUUACAAACAGGGAACAUUAAAACAUAAACAUAAAAUAAAGUUUUAAAAUACUCCUAGUUUAUCGAAUAUUUACUGUCUACACUUUUUAAUUCGUCAAGAUUACACAAAACGAACAAUAUAUCAGUCAUAUUAACAAUGACAAUUAUUGUAACAAUCGGAUUAAUAAUAAAGCACUCCAAAGAAUACAGAUGGAUUCCAAACUUUUGUAUAUUUAAGCAACAAAUCACUUUUUACAGUGUAAUCUAAUCCUUAUUUUCUUACUAAAGGACUUUCCAAAGCAUGGACCUUUGGAAGAAUUCAUUUACAUUUGAUUUUGUGCGUCAAAUUAUUUUUGAUGCCAGACAGCCGAGGCCACGUAAGUGCAUUUAUGAUGUACCUUGUGUUAGUCUCUGUGCAUGUGAAUGUAUGUUGAAUAGCCAGCACUGCCAAUCUUAACUUGGACCUCCAAAGGAACACGCUGCCAUAUGUCCAUGGACAGAGUUUGAUCUCUGUUGCUCUGUGUCAUGUAGAUUCAGUGUCUUGUCAGCCGCUCUGAGGACCAAGAAAGGCAGAGCUUGUACGUUUUGUGAAUGUUUUCUACCGUUCAACUGUCUCUGGACUUGCAUAUUGCUUUGCAAUCUGCCGAAAAGCAUCUUAUCAAAUAUCCAUUGAACCAAAUGAUUGAUCUACAAUCUUUCUCAUUCGUUUACCACGACAUCUGUUGGUUAUUCUCGGAGGAGGCUUUAGGAACAAGUCAAGUCAUCAUCUUUAAAGAAAAUGUAAUUCUUUCUGUAAAAAGUCUCUGUUUGAUCUUUGCUUUGAUAAGAUCAUCUGUUCAAGCUUUGGGUUUGUGAGUUUGUUUUAUUCCCCCUUCAAUUAUUGAAUGUUCAAUGUUUCUGCCUGUUUUUGCCAUUUUUCAGUAUAAUAUCCUGUUGCUGGCAUGCAUGCUAAAGAACAUGCAUGUAAAGACCAAGGGUUUGUUCGUCCUGCCAUGGAGUACAGGCGUGAGCGAGAAUGUACCGUCCUGCAGCUCUGUGAUGACGAUGCACUUUUGCCUUGAUUCAGUGCCAUUCAAACACACGAGCAUAAUAAAAUCAACCAAACC